AUGGCUGCCUACCCUGCCGCCAUUAAAACGCUCGCUCCUUCCUGCCAUGGUUUUCGCUUUUUCCUUCUCGUCUACAUUUCCCAAGAAGCCGACCUCAUUAAUCGUAUACGAAAGCACCAAACCUCCACAGACGACAGAGCGCCGACAGAAGAUCCGGCGGUACAACAUCUAUCUAUUUCAGACGAGACUCACUGUUUGAUCGCCGCGUCUAUUCCACUCGACGCUGCUGAUACGAUCGAAAUGGCUCGCGAAGAGCUUGAGAACGCUGCGAAAAAUGAUCAUCUUCAUGAAGAAUACUUAUCUGCCGGCACAGUAGUCACCAAUACCCGAGGACGCUUCUGGACGUCUAUGGACAGCCAAAUGUCUGAAUUCCGGGAGGAAUUGGCACGUACUACUGUCAGACUUGACGCAAAAACCGAUGAACUCCAACGUGCUACCGCCAGACUUGAAAUGAAAACCAAUGAACUCGAACGUACUGCCGUCGGUUUCCGAGACUUUCGUCACCGAUUCAUUAGUACCUACAAACGGGAUAUUCUGAACCAGUCGGACGUUACAGACAAAAACUUUAUCCAGCAUGGCAACAAUAUCGUGCACUCUGGAAACGUUAAACGAGACGCUGAGCUGUACACCGGUCCUUAUCCACGCCACGACAUUUCAGUGUUUCGGAAACUGUACGGUGUCCUUCCGGUAGUCGCUACUACCAUCGAGUACGAACCGACAAUAUCGGUACUCGACCGGUACGCCACGAUUGUAUCCAAUCCUAAAAAAGAAUACACCGGACGUUAUCUCGACACUCAUGAAGAACCUGAAGUCCAGUACUGGUCUGUUCCUGCAUCGGUUCCUACUCAAUAUUUCGCUGCCGAGCUUCAGAGAGUGAAGGAUGCCGUCGAAAACGACAAUACACCCGCUACCACUAUCUACUCCGCAGCCCAAUGUGAGGAUGAUAUUGCUGCUCUGGUUUACGCCGAGCUACAUCUCUACGGGGACGACGGCAAGAAAAAGGCGUCGGUCGGUCCUCCGGCAGUGGUGGUCUGA